GCAAAGCAUCCGCGAGCCGUGGUGACAGCAUCAAGCUACCCUUUCAAGCUCCAAACUCAGCACAAUGUCGCUCAUCGAGAAGGCAAAGGAAGCCGUUGGUCUCGGCCACGAGUCUUCCGAACCAUCAGGCCCGGCAACUAAACAGCAGAUGUCGGAUGCCAGACUACCGCUUGCAUACAGGGACAGCUGUGCUCACCUUCUGAUACCCCUCAACCGGUGUCGCUUCGAGACAUACUACCUGCCGUGGAAGUGCGAGGAUGAGAGACAUUCGUACGAAAAAUGCCAGUACGUCGAGUUCAAGAAGCGCGUGGCGAAGAUGGACGAGCUCAAAGCGGCACGGUACGGCGAGAGGAUUGGCAACUAGACGAGUAAAUGCCCGAAUGUGUCCUUUCAAGACAAUUGAAAAAUAGCGCUGCGUAAUUGCAAAGAGACUGGAGGCUUAGGAAACAUUGAACGUCGCCCUUGCUCUCUCGUUGCAGCGAAUAUUUUUGUACAUAGAGAUGAGAAGAGUUCAAUGUGAAGGGACAUUCCUCAUCA